GUAGCAGAUGAUAUGGCAGCUCGGAGGAACUCGCUUCGAUGAAGACGACUCGUUGGAUUAUGAAGACACUUUGGCGGUGAAAGGGCGACGAGGCAGCUGCCUGGAGAUGAUUUACCUAAUCGUCAUUUCUGCGUUGUCCGGUGCGGUGCUCACCUUGGUGCUCCAGUUGUUGCUGCUGUACCGGAGGUGCCCGGAGCCCAUAAAGAGGACCGAGCAGUACGUCAAAGUAGUGGCCGACAAGGCGUUAAAGGAUUACUUUCAUACUCAACAUGUCGACGCCGGCCAGCAGCAGGACGGCUCGGCCUCGUCACGACCGCCGGAAGCCACCGCCGGCAGCCCCAAACAACAACAACAACAACAACACGGCGACUGUGCCGACUCGGACAAAGCCGAAAGCUGCAAUUUCCUCAAUGCCAUCUUCCUGUUCCUGUUCCGGGAGCUGCGGGACACUCCCGUGGUCCGACACUGGCUCACCAAGAAGAUCAAGGUGGAGUUCGAAGAGCUGCUGCAAACCAAGACAGCGGGUCGGCUUCUGGAGGGACUCAGCCUGCGAGACAUUUCCCUCGGGGACUCGCUUCCGGUCUUCAAAACCGCCAAACUCAUGAAGCCCGUCCACGUGAACGACGACGGCCUGCCGGAGGAGCUCAACUUCGAGGUGGACAUGGAGUACAACGGCGGCUUCCACCUGGCCAUCGACGUGGACUUGGUCUUCUGGAAGUCUGCCUACCUGUUCGUCAAGAUGAGGCGCGUGGUCGGGCGACUCAGGCUGCAGUUCACGCGCCUGCCCUUCUCCCAUUGGUCCUUCUCCUUCCUCGACGACCCGCUCGUGGACUUUGAAGUCAAGUCCCAGUUCGAAGGACGACCCCUCCCUCAGCUCACGUCCAUCAUCGUCAACCAACUCAAACGAGUCAUCAAGAAGAAGCACACACUACCCAACUACAAGAUCAGAUACAAGCCUUUCUUCCCAUUCCAAGUGCAGCCUCCUCUGGGACUUUCUUCUGAUUUGGAACUGUCAGUCCAGGACAGACGGCUGGUGGAGGGCCGACUCAAAGUCAGCCUAAUUGAAAGCAGCAGACUCUUCAUCCUGGGCUCGUAUGAUAGAGAAACCUACGUUCACUGCACGCUGGAGCUCAGCAGUCACCAGUGGAAGGAGAAGACUCGCAGCUCCAUCAAACGAACGGAGGUUAUCAAGGGACCAUGUGGCAACGUGGGAAUGACGUUCAGGCAUGUGCCAGCCAGUGAGGGCGAUGCGGUACAUGUCAGCAUUGAGACGGUCACGCCCAAUUUCCCUGCAGCUUUGGCAGACCUGCAGCGAGGAGAUCGCCUCAUUGCUAUUGGAGGUGUCAAAGUGACUUCGUCAGUUCAAGUGCCCAAACUUCUUAAGCAAGCUGGAGACAGGGUAGUGGUUCUGUACGAGAGGCCAGUUUCCCAUCAGACUCCCUCCCUGGGAAGCUUGGGAACGCCUCAGGAGGGAUCUGGGCAGCUAGAAGAACCAGGUUUCAUAUCCCAUCCAGGGGGGUAUGAAGAAGAUCCAGCCCCCAUCACAACCCUGUCUGACAUAUCUGACAGUAAAGACAUGGACUCUGAGUUUGAAGAGUUGAUUGUCGACUCCAAAACCAGCCAAAAUGUUGGCCCCACUGAUACUAAGGAGGAAGUCUUACUUACAGUAAACCAAAGCCCCAAAAGAACCGUGGCCACCUUGGCUUCUAAACCACUUGGGACCAUAUCGCCUAUCCUUAACCGCAAGCUAAAUCUUGUAGGUCUCCAGUCCCCGCUAAAGCCUCAAACUAAAGAAUCACCAAAGCCCUCACGACAGAAGACAAACAAUGAUUCAGCAGAUAGUUUACAACGUCCCACUGUGCCCCCUCCACCCCCACCUUCCCGCCCCCCAGUGCCUCCAAGACCUCAAAUACGGUUGUCAUCUGUCUGCUCAGAAAACAGUUUUUCUGACAGUGUUGAUUAUGCUAUUAACACUCCUGCCAUUUCUACUGUGACCACUACCAUCUGCGCUUCUGAGAAAUCUGACGAAAAAGCUCCUCUGACUGGAGCUAGUGAGGACACGGUUGUCUUUGAGAAGAUAAGUGUCAAGCAGAUAGAGGCCAAGUCCAACAGGCCAUCAGAGUCAAGUGAUGAGAUUUCUGUCUCAUCCAUCACCAGCAGCAAGGCUGACCAGGCAAAGGACAAAGUUUCAGAGAGUUCCUGCAGCACACGAGACAGUCUAGAAGAUCACUCUCUCUGGGAAUCCCAAGAGACGAUGUUUCGCAAUCAGACAGCACGUUGGCCUAAGGCCUCUGCUGUGUUUGAUGUGGAGAGCAACCAUAAGUACCUUAACGUGGCCCUUUGGUGUAAAGAUCCCUUUAAGCUAGGCAGUUUGUUGUGCCUGGGUCAUGUCAGUCUUCAGCUGGAGCAUGUCGCCCUCGAAUGUAUGGCAACGUCCUCAGCAGAAUAUCAGAGCACGUUCAGGCUUGGGCCUCCGGAACCGAGAGCUAAUGUCAGCCGCACUGCACUACGCAGCCUCAGUGCCCACAAGGGUUUCAAUGAGAAGCUGUGUUACGGAGACAUCACGCUGAAUUUCUGCUACCUGGCAGGGGAUGAGUUUGACUAUGCUGGGCCGGCUGAGAGAGAGCGAGAAGGCAGUCUCCAUGAUGAUGAGCUAAGGGAGAGGGACCGUAUUGCCACAGCGCCUCGUGAUGACUUGGCCUAUGGUGCCGUGCAGCUGGUCGAGGUGCGCCACAACUUUCAAGACACCCAAUUCCAAAAUCCUACCUGGUGUGAAUACUGCAAAAAGAAGGUGUGGACCAAGGCGGCCUCUCAGUGUAUGAUCUGCGCGUAUGUAUGCCACAAGAAAUGCCAGGAUAAAUGCCUUGCUGAAAAUCCCUUUUGCGUGGCAGCAACGGAACGUCGAGGAGCUGACCCUGAUGCCAAGUUCACCAUUAAUCGGGCCACUGGCUUAACCCGGCAAAUCAUCAACACUAGCUCCCGUCUGCUUAAUCUCCGGCAGGUCCCUAAGACUCGUCUGGUUGAGCAGGUACCUGAUGUGGUACCUGGAGUGGCUGACCCUUCCCCAAAGCAUACUCCCAACACUUCAGACAAUGAGAGCAGCGACACAGAGACCUACACAAGUGGUGCCAGCCCCUCCAAGCAAUCAGCUGGCAGUGGGGGAAGCAGCAAACUUGUCCGCAAGGAAGGCGGUUUGGACGACAGCGUGUUCAUUGCUGUCAAAGAGAUUGGCCGGGACCUCUACCGAGGUUUACCCACAGAUGAGCGUUCCCAAAAACUGGAGCUGAUGCUGGACAAGCUGCAGCAGGAAAUUGAUCAGGAGUUGGAGCACAACAACACUCUUCUGUUGGAAGAGAGAGAGACCGCAGAUCCGAGGCAUAAAGUGCUGAUCAGUUCAGCUCUGUCCAAGUCCGGGGAAAGACUCCAGGCACUCACUCUGCUCAUGAUCCACUACCGUGCAGGCAUUGAAGACUUGGAGUCGGUGGAAAGCACCUCUCCUUCGGAGCAACAAUGUUUUAAGGGCAAAGGCGAUGCACUGGACGACGAGGCCCUGACGGGAGCUGAGGUCUAUGACGGCGACAUCUGCAGCCCAGCGGAGGUCCAAAUGUUAGAUGACAUUACUGAGGAACAGAUCUGUGUGGAAGCUCUUCACUGAACACAACUAGAACAAGACAGAAGAGGAACAUUUUUUGGGGGUUGGGGGGUUGGUUUGAAAGGGUCUUACCGUCCAUGUGGGUUAUUUUGUGGAAAGGAAAUGCAGGUGGGAUUUGCAUAAAACUGCUGUUGAUGGUUUUUGCACACCUUUUGUGUCCAUGAGUUAAGAUUUGAAAGGGAAGUCCAACACUCGCCUGAGUGUUGCUGGUAUGUUCUUCAAUCAAUUAUGAUCAUUUUGUCUUUGUAAAAAGUUUGAGUUCUUUUUUUUUGUUUAUUGUCAAAGUUAGAUGGACUUCAGCAGAGCACAUGAAAAUCAAAUAUGAUAUAUGAUGCCGUUGUGGUCGGAGGUUUACUUCCGUUGAUCAGGGUAAUGAAAAUCAUUUGACCCCUUAAUGAUUAUUAAAUGUAUUUUUCUGUGUUGGAAAAA